ACCAUGACAGACUGGGAACCAGAGGCCCCUGCAUUUCACCUUGCUCAUGUGGCCAGAUAUUAGCAAAAUCUGGAAUUUCAGACACCCUCCCCCCUUCCAGGAAACUGGCCCAAGGAGGGGCCUGGGCAUAUAUAGGGAGGCACUGUGGGAGGGCCUGGCCAGAGAGGCUUCAGGCAGAGAAGGCAAGACUAUGGCUUCUGCAGCAGCAGCAACAACAGAGAAGGGGUCUCCAGUUGUGGUGGGUCUGCUGGUCGUGGGAAACAUCAUUAUUCUGCUGUCAGGCCUGGCCCUGUUUGCUGAAACGGUAUGGGUGACCGCCGACCAGUACCGCGUGUACCCACUGAUGGGCGUCUCGGGCAAGGAUGACGUCUUCGCUGGUGCCUGGAUCGCCAUCUUCUGCGGCUUCUCCUUCUUCGUGGUGGCCAGCUUUGGUGUGGGCGCAGUGCUCUCCCGCCACCGGUCCAUGAUGCUCACGUACCUGGUGCUCAUGCUCACCGUCUACAUCUUUGAGUGCGCCUCCUGCAUCACGUCCUACACCCACCGAGACUAUAUGGUGUCCAGCCCAUCCCUGAUCACCAAGCAGAUGCUGACCUUCUACAGUGCAGACUCGGACCAGGGCCGGGAACUCACCCGCCUCUGGGAUCGCAUCAUGAUUGAGCAAGAGUGCUGUGGCACGUCAGGUCCCAUGGAUUGGGUGAACUUCACAUCAGCCUUCCGGGCCACCACCCCAGAGGUGGUGUUCCCCUGGCCCCCGCUGUGCUGUCGACGGACUGGCAACUUCAUCCCCCUAAGUGAAGAAGGCUGCCGCCUGGGCCACUUGGACUACCUGUUCACCAAGGGCUGCUUCGAACACAUUGGCCACGCCAUCGACAGCUACACGUGGGGCAUCUCAUGGUUUGGGUUCGCCAUCCUGAUGUGGACGCUUCCUGUGAUGCUGAUGGCCAUGCGUUUCUACAGCACGUUGUGAGGAAGAGAAGGGAAGCCCACGUGCACACUCAGCUCCCCUGCCCCUGCUCCCUCCAGCUGCGACGCUGCCCCACCUCUCCCUUCCCCACCUCCUCCACCCUUCCCUCC